CGUAUGCUAAUGCUUUAAAAAGUGUCCCGCCUAUUAUUGUUAAGCCAAAAUCAAAACAAAGUGUUGGCGUAACAAAAAAAGACCUAAAUAAGAUAGAUGCCACUGACAUGAAAAUUAAUAAGGUGAUAGAUAAAUCCAAUGCUUUUAUAAAAUGUGUGAAAGUUUUUAAACAAAGAAGAAAUAAUAGCUCGGUGUGCACCUUUAGCGCAAUCAUCGAAAUUGAACAUGAGAAAUACUUGGAAGUGCUAAAACGGGAGAAGAUUAACAUCGGGUGGGAUCAGUGUGGCGUAUAUGAUGGGCUAAAUGUUAAAAGAUGUUUCAAAUGUUUAGGGUACAAUCACAACGCAAAUACAUGCACUAAGAAGUUAAGAUGUGGUCUAUGUUUGGGUGAACAUAAAUCUGAUGAGUGUAGUACACAGGUAACAAAUCCUGUCUGUGGAAAUUGUGCGGAUGCAAAUAAAGAUCUUGGUUUUAAGCUCGAUACAGGUCAUAGCAUUUUCAGCAAGGAAUGCCCUGUCUACCAAAGAAAACUGAAAAUACAAAAACAGCGGGUGGGUUACUAGCAACCAA